UGCCGGAUCAUCAUUCCUUUUCCUUCGUGAUGGUGUCUCGUAUAUUAACACGGGUUUCCUCAGGCUUAUCGGCAUCCGUGUCUCAUUCAGAGCAGCAGCUCACCGAAUUCAGACACACACCAAGUCAAGAUGGCUGUCGGAUCACUUCCCUUAGCAGUUGAGCCCAAGAGCGUGAAAUUUGCCAUUGACCGAGGUGGCACCUUCACAGAUGUUUUUGCCGCUGUGCCAGGACGGGAAGACAUAGUCCUGAAACUAUUGUCCGUUGAUCCUAGUAGCUAUGACGAUGCGCCGGCAGAAGGUAUCCGUCGGGUACUUGAAAGUAUCUCCGGCCAGCAGAUUCCUAGAGGGACCCCGAUCCCCAAAGAUUUAAUCCAUUCGAUUCGGAUGGGAACGACUGUCGCCACAAAUGCCUUACUGGAAAGAAAAGGAACAAGACACGCGUUCGUCGUGAACCAAGGUUUUCGCGACUUAUUAGAAAUUGGCUACCAGUCAAGACCGAAGUUAUUUGAACUCGGCAUCAAGAAACCGGAACUUCUCUACGAGACAGUGGUUGAAGUCUCUGAGCGCAUCACCGUCGAGGAAUUCGACGAAGAUGUCACAAAAGACAGCCGACCACCACUGGAGGAGGUCCCCGGUGUCCUCGUAAAGGCCAUCACCGGCGACAUCCUCCGUAUAAUACGACCUCUAGAUGAGGCGGAAGUACGAGAAAAACUUAACAAGCUUAAGGCCGAGGGUAUCGAGACGCUAGCUAUAUGUUUAGCACACUCGUAUAUCUACCCAACACACGAGAAUCGCAUCGCGGAGAUCGCAAAGGAGAUCGGAUUCACUCAUGUAUCGACGUCAUCUUCGGUUGGCGCGAAUAUGAUCAAGAUGAUCUCGCGUGGUAGCUCCGCUUCCGCUGACGCGUAUCUUACGCCCGAGAUCGUCCGCUACGUAUCCGGAUUCGCUAAAGUCUUUGCCGACGGUAACCUCGAUGGCGUUUCGUGCGAGUUCAUGCAAUCCGAUGGUGGUCUAGUAAGUCACAAGAACUUCAACGGUUUGAAGGGAAUUCUUAGCGGACCGGCCGGUGGUGUUGUUGGCCAUGCGCGAACUUCAUAUGAUGGGAAUUCUCCUAUCGUAGGGUUUGACAUGGGUGGUACCAGCACAGACGUUUCACGUUAUGGUGGAUCAUUCGAACACGUUUUCGAGACUACUACUGCUGGUGUUUCCAUUCAAUCUCCGCAGCUUGAUAUUAAUACUGUAGCUGCUGGAGGUGGCUCUAUGUUAUUCUGGAAGGAUGGUCUGUUUAAAGUCGGUCCCGAUUCAGCUGGAGCGCAUCCAGGUCCGGCUUCAUAUAGGAAAGGAGGACCGCUCACGGUCACCGACGCAAAUCUGUUCCUUGGAAGGAUAAUACCGGAUUAUUUCCCUAAGAUCUUCGGCGAAACUGAGGAUCUUCCUCUAGACGUCGAGAUUGUAGUGAAGAAGUUUGAGGAGCUUACGGCGCAAAUCAAUAAGGACACAGGUCGUUCUAUGACCCCAGUUGAGGUCGCGCACGGCUUCAUCGACGUAGCCAACGAGUCGAUGAGUCGUCCCAUUCGCGCACUUACGGAAGCUCGUGGGUUCGAAACUGCGCAACACAACCUUGCGACAUUUGGAGGUGCUGGUGGUCAACAUGCCUGCGAAAUCGCUAAGAAGCUGGGCAUUAAGAGAAUAGUUAUCCACAAAUACUCCAGUAUACUCUCGGCAUAUGGAAUGGCGUUAGCAGAGGUUGUCCAGGAAGCCCAAGAGCCAAGCUCCGAAAUCCUGUCCGAGGAAUCCCUCCCAAGGUUAAUGGCUCGAACGAAGGACCUUAAAGCAAAGGUCACUGAAGGACUCCUCACACAAGGAAUCCAGAACGAUUCAAUCGUACACGAAGAAUACCUAAACCUCAGAUAUGCCGGCACAGAUACCAAUUUUAUGAUCCUAUCUCCUGUUGACGGAGACUGGAGAUCGGCGCUCGAAAAAGAGCAUCUAAGAGAGUUAUCUUUCAUCUUCCCUAAGGAUAAGAAAGUUCAUAUCGACGAUGUACGAGUUCGAGGUGUUGGCAAAUCCACAGAGGUUAGCCAGGAUAACUCAAAGUUGGUGAAGGAGCUAAGGCUCCAUGCAUUCUCGGAAGUCGGUGAUGGCGAAGACAGAACGACACAAACCUACUUCGCUGAAGGCGGUCUACAAGACACAAAGGUCUUCCAAUUGAAUACACUUACGCCUAGUAGCAUUGUAGCCGGACCAGCAAUAAUUAUUGACAACACUCAAACUAUAGUAGUCGUUCCUGGCUCUCAAGCGCGGAUUCUGACCUCGCACGUCGUUGUCGAUUUAGUCGAUGAGAAGCCGCAACAGCCCCAAGAGGAACAAGAGCUGGUAGUAGACCCCAUCAAGCUGUCCAUUUUUGGCCAUCGAUUUAUGAGCAUCGCGGAGCAAAUGGGCAGGACUCUACAGAAGACCAGUAUCUCCAUCAACAUCAAGGAACGCCUGGAUUUCUCAUGUGCUAUAUUCAGCCCAGACGGCGAGUUAGUCGCAAAUGCGCCCCACGUACCAGUUCAUCUUGGUAGCAUGUCGUAUGCUGUCAAGUAUCAGCACAACCUCCACCUAGGAAAGCUUCGACCUGGCGAUGUACUAGUGUCUAACCAUCCUGAGAGCGGUGGAACCCAUCUUCCAGAUAUUACGGUCAUCACACCCGUUUUCGAUACAGAUAACAAAACAAUCUGCUUCUUCUGCGCCAGUAGAGGCCACCAUCUCGAUAUCGGUGGAUUCCGUGGUAACUCUAUGCCACCUGAUUCUACCGAGCUAUGGCAAGAAGGUGCUGCUAUCAGGUCAUUCUUCUUGGUUCGUGAUAAUCACUUCGAUGAAGAGGGUAUUGUCAAGAUCCUUCUGGAACCUGGGAACCACCCCAAUUGUAGUGGCUCAAGACGGUUGGCCGACAACUUGUCGGAUCUAAAGGCGCAGGUGGCCGCAAACACCAAGGGAAGCAACCUUAUCAAGGCUUUAAUGGAAGAGUAUGGAAAACACACCGUUCACUUUUAUAUGUCAAAGAUUCAAGAGAACGCCGAGGUCGCCGUCCGAGGUUAUCUAAAGUCCGCUUACAAGAAAUAUGGAUCGAAGCCGCUCAAGGCGAAGCAAUUCCUAGACAAUGGGUCUAUGAUGCAAGUCGCGAUCACUAUAGACGAAGAUGGCUUCGGAACGUUCGAUUUCACCGGGACAUCAUGCGAAAUGCUGUCGAACAUGAACGCACCGCCGGCGAUCACCUACUCCGCACUUAUCUACACACUACGACUCCUAAUCGGCUCGGAUAUUCCGCUUAACCAAGGCUGUCUCGCACCUACGAAAGUCAUCCUCCCCAAGAACUGUUUCCUUAAUCCUUCCGAGGGCCCAGCAGUCUGCUGUGGCAACACGCUCACCUCUCAGCGUCUAGUCGACUUGCUACUCAACGCAUUCCGAGCUGCGUCAGGAUCUCAAGGUUGUAUGAACUGCUUCGGAUUUUUCGGCAACUGCAAAGACGAGUCGGGUGAGCCCCAGAGUGGCUUUGGCUUCAGCUAUGGCGAGACUAUCUGCGGUGGUGAGGGCGCUGGUCCGACUUGGCAUGGUGCUAGUGCCGUACAAAUCCACAUGACCAAUACUCGUACGACCGAUAUCGAAAUCAUCGAAAAGCGAUACCCCGUCCUAGUCCGCGAAUUUUCUAUACGUAAGGGUAGCGGCGGUCGUGGCAAAUUCAAUGGUGGCUGCGGUAUCGUCAGAGAUUGGGAGUGCCGAUACCCUCUUACAUACGGUCUCAUCACCGAGCGACGCGUUCACCGACCCUACGGCAUGAUGGGUGGCGAGCCCGGCGCAUCGGGCGCCAAUUUCUGGGUUCAGAAACAGGAGGACGGCAAUGAGCGCUGGAUUAACAUUGGAUCUAGGGGCCAAGUCGAUAUGAAGGAGGGCGAUCGAUGCGUCAUACAUACUCCCGGAGGUGGAGGUUGGGGCGUCCCGGAUGAUGUUGACGAAGAUGACGAGUUCUUCGGGGGUGUAGUUCGUGCGGUGGAAAGUGUAAAUGGGGUUAAUGGAGUGAAUGGGACGAAAGAGGCGAAGGUAGUGUAUCCGAGGGCUACGGGGAGCUUUCACACAUUUUCGGCCGCGCAGGAGGCAUCAUCUUAGUUUGAUGGGGCAUUGACGUUGGUAUGUAGGUACCUAGGUAGGAUUUUUUGCUAAACAAAUGGUUUUAAGCGCUCUAGGUAUGCAUCAUAUGAAGCGCGAUUAACUCAAGUCACGGUACAUUUCAGUCAGUGGAUUUACCUAUUACGUCACCCAUAAUGUGAGCUUUGUCCAAGAACAAAACACCUGUAGGAACAAUAGAGUGAAAAUAAAUUAUAUAUAAUUACUA